AUGAAUUCAAGUAUUACCGAAAUAAAUCUCGAAAAUGUAGAAGUUAUCGAUGCAAAUGCAUUCUACAGAUGCUUUAAAUUGCAAAAAGUACAUUUAUUAAGACUUUCUUCAGUGUCAGAUUAUAUUUUUGCCAAUUCUGCCCUGAGAUCAAUAGUUAUUGGUGAUUCGUUGUUUGAAAUCGGUAAAUACUUUGCAGCUUACUGCUUCUCUCUCGAAUCUGUCACAAUUGGAGCUAACGUUCAAAUUGUGAACGAUGGAGCUUUUGAUUCAUGCAUAAACUUAACAUAUUUUGAAUUACAAUCUAUUACUACUAUAGGCCAAUAUGCUUUUCAAGGCACAGGCCUUCCUACAUUAGAAUUAACAGAUAAAAUCGUCAGAAUAGGUAAUUAUGCCUUUUCUCAAUCGAGUAUUACGAAAAUUGUCUUUAAUCCGAAUAUUACGUCAUGUUUAUUAGGUAAAUAUUGCUUUUAUCGUUGUCAAAGAAUCAGAUUUAUCUCAAUCCCUUCAAAUUACAUCCUUGGCGACUAUUUAUUGUCAGAAUGCAUGAACCUAGAGUCCAUAGAACUCGGCAAUCCCAUUGUUCCUAUUUAUUUUGCAGCCGGGUGCAUAUCAUUGAAAAAAUUUAUUUGUGAAAACCUUACACGUGUCAGACAAUAUAGUUUUAGCAUGUGCGGAAACCUAACGUCCAUAAAUCUUUCAAAAGUUGUCCAAAUUGAAAAAUCAAGUUUUGAAUAUUGCGUCAGCCUUGUUGUUUCCGAGUGGCCAAAGGUCAGGGCCAUGGUAAUUUUGGGUAAUAACGCGUUCCAAUACUGUAAAUCCCUAAAAAUUACCGAAAUUCCUCCGAAUUACAACAUUUUCAACGGUUUAUUCCUUGGUUGUUCGUCCAUUGAAGAAGUCAAUGUAGAAGUAUCGAGUUUGCAACAGUAUCUGUUCAUGGCGUGCACCAGUCUUAAGAGAGUUAAUUGUUCUCAAGUAACUUUCAUUAUAAAUAAUUGUUUCUCGUAUUGUACAUCAUUAGAAGAAGUAUAUUUCGCAAAUUUGACAAUUAUCCGACCAUAUUCAUUUUUGAAUGCUGGACCGAUUAAAUUCAUGGAAAUUCCUCCAAAAGCAGCUCUUUAUCAAGAUUCAUUUAGAAACUCGGGAAUAAAGGUCGUGAAAAUGCUUGAUCAGCCCUAUUUCUAUGGUAUGCCGUUCUUAAAUUGCACGAACCUCGAAAAAAUAAUUCUUGGACCAACAUGGACUUAUUUUGAAGCGUUUAGAUUUACAAAUUGUACAAAAUUGUCAACAAUUGAAAUAAUAGAAAAUACAAAUUUGACAACUUAUAAUAAUAUGUUGUUUAACACGCAAAAAACUAUACUUUAUUAUUUCUUUGAUCAAACAGAAAACUUAGAAUUACAAAUACCUUCAACGGUUAUAAAUAUAAGACCAAAUGCGUUUAUUAAUGCAAGAAAUUUACAAAAAGUGACAAUUUCUAAUUAUGUUGCUUUUUCUGAUUUUUCAUUUAAUGGCUGUUUAUCAUUAGAAAAGUUUGUUUAUGAAACAACUUCUACACCUGAUUUCAAUCCUGAUACAAUGUAUGAUUUUAUUUUUGACAUCAAUUUAUCAUCAAAUAUGUUUUCUAAUUGCAAAAAUCUGAAAGAAGUUGAAAUAUCUGCAGAUAUUUUAUCAAUUGGAUCAUAUUGUUUCGCCAAUUGCUCUGAACUGAAAACAAUAGAUUUCCCAGAAUCAUGUAGAAUGUGUGGUGAAGGUUGUUUCUGUAAUUGUUCGAAAUUGAACAAAAUUAAUUUUACUCAAUUUUGUCACAUUUCUGAUUUUUGUUUCAUGGGAUGUACUGAAUUGAGUAAAAUAGAGUUAUCUGAGACAAUUGUUGUUAUUGGACAGUCAGCUUUCCAAGAGACUGCUAUAAAGAACUUCGAUGUUCCGGAUUCAACAAUAGAAAUCGGAAAUUUAUGUUUCAAAAAUUGUCAAAAAUUGAAAAAAGUGGUUUUAGGGGCUGGAAUCACUUCACUUCCUGGUCUUGACAAAGAUGGCAAAUAUAUUGGGUUGUUCUAUGGCUCAUCGAUUAAAACGUUGAUGAUUCCGAAUACAACAGUUGAUAUUUCACCAUGUGCAUUUGUAAAUUGCAGAAAUAUCAAUUUGAAAUUCAUAUCUAAAGAACAUCCUUUGUAUAGAAUUGAAGGACAAGCUUUGAUAGAUAAAUCAAGUUCCACAUUGAUAACAACAUUUGGAGAAUUACCAAGGGUUUACGAGAUACCUGAUACUGUUACAACAUUAGGUUCUUAUUCAAUCAAUCCUUAUAUUGAACCUGUUUUCGUAAAUGGAAACAAAGUUUUCGAUGCAGGAAAUGGUUCUCCAGUGAUUUUGAUACCAAAAAGUGUCAAAAUUAUAAACAAAGAUUCAUUCUAUGGAAAUACUUAUAUGUACACAAUCUGCUAUGAUGGAGAUUACGUGCAAAGCAAUGAAUUGGACAAUGAUUUGGCACAGAACUUUUAUGUUAAAGAUAAUUACGGAAGUCCAAAAAUUUUCGGUGCAGAUGCGAAAGUUGAGAAAUGCAACAAAUAUAUUCCUGACCAACUGAGAUACAGAUUUAUCUCUGGAUGGUCAAUUUAUGAAAUAGUUUUGUUGGUGAUUUCAAUUGUUUUGUUCUUGGCAUUGGUUGGAAUCCUCAUCGCAAUUUUAGUUGUUUAUUGCAAGAAACGCAAAAUGAAGAAUGAAGGAAUGGAGUGA